AACUUUUAAUGUGAUUGGCAAACAAAUGCAAAAUAAGUGCAACAAAUUUAAUUACUUGUUUUCCUGCUCUGCUGUGGCUAAAAGAUAAACACUGACUAGCGUCUAGCAUGUGUGCCACCUCGGAGGGAUCUUGGAUCAACGCGAUCUUCGAUGAAAUUGCUCUGGAAGGCCUGGAGGGCGUCACGCUGCCAGACCUGUGGCGCUUACUGGCGGUGCGACUGGAAUUUGAUCCCUCCCCGCUGCCCGACAAUUUGCGGGAUCAGGUGUGGACCCUGCUGCUGCGCUCUUGCCCCGGCAAAGUGGAAUUCUAUGAGCUGCCCUCGCCGCGACCGUUAAUGCCCCCCUACGAUCGCUCCAACGAUCAGGAUCCAGAGCUCGGCGUGGCCACGGUGGCAGAGCAGUGCCCCUAUCUGCUCUACCGCAACACCCCCGUGCAGGAGGGCAACGUAAUGGGCAAUUGUGAAGACUACAAGACCCGCAAGCGUGUCAAGGCGGCCCAGCUACGCUCAUGGACGGCCGCCCAGGCCACGGAGCACUGGGACCAGAGACUCGUUGCGGUAGCCUCACAAGAGCUGCGGCACAUGGCCCUGACACCGCUCAAUUUGAUGACGCCCAAGGACAUGCCCGUGCAGCAAUACGUGUGCUGGGAGGCGAUAGGACGCUCGCGCUAUAAUGGACUGACGACAGUCGGUCCCUGGGGGCUGAGCAACUACUGCAAGGACGCCAGCGUCGUGUUCUACAUCAAGAACAAGCUGCUGGCCCUCCAACUGAUUGCCGCCCAAGUGUACAAUGAGCGUCACAAGGGUCGCUUCACCAACUCGUCGCUGCUGAUGCUGCCCCGAUUCUUUCGCAUAUACAAGAGCCACACACAGAAGAGCAUUGACAGGCUGUAUCUGGAUAUCACGCAGAGCAGCAGUCGCCACAUACCGCUGACCGAAAUACCCGAGCGGCUGGGCCACAUCAGUCGCAAGCAGGUGAAGAAGCUCCUCUUGACCCACAACAUUCGAAAGUUCUUCGAGACAAAUCACGUGACGCGCGCCGCCCCAGAAGCUGCUAGCUCCAGCUCCAGCUCCAACCCCAAAUCGAAUAAGGAGCCAAAGCCAUCGAAGCGCAAACAGGUUGUGCUGCAGCUGAGGAACCCCGAUCUGGCGUAUAAGGAUCUCUACGAGAACGAUCAGGAUAGCAGGGAGGACAAGCUGGAGCUCGAUUUUCUUGAUCACCAGCACAGCUUUUUGGAUAUGCCGCCGGAACGGGAGUGCCAUCGGGCCAUUGCACGAUUCGGAAAUCGUGGACUGACCGCCAACGAGUUGUGCCAGUAUGUGGGCAUCAGCAUGCUGGCGAUCCGCGGCUUCCUCAAGCACCUGAUGAAGCUCGGCCAGAUCAAGGACUACUCCGAGCAGCUGGGCAGGAUGCGCAUCAUACGGUACGUGGCCAGUGCCCAAGCGCCUGAAGUCGAAAUAAAAAAGAUCGAACUGCAGCAGACGCUACUCCAGCUUCAGUGCAAGGAUGAGCCGAAUAUUCCUGAAAGCUCGGACGUGAUGGUUCGAGAUGUGACCGAGAUUGUGGCGACUGUUAAUCCAUUUAGCUUCAACUUGAAGGACGUCAAACUGGACAGGCAAACGCAGCGUCACCUGCGUCGCAAGGAGCAGAUUGUGAAAAUGAUUGACGACAGUUGCAUCGUGCAACUGAUGAAUGUGUCGAGCAGCAUUAAGAAGGAGGAGCGCAAAGCCGGCUACGAGGACACCUUGUGUCGCCGCUCACUCUAUCGUCUGCUGCGGUCCAUGAUCGAUGCUGGUAUCGUGAAUGUGUACGAGGUGACGCUGCAGUAUGAGCAACGGCUGCGCGUCUACCGCUUGGUGACGCAUCCCAAAAUCGGCUCCGAUCAUGAACUCCUUAGAAGGGAGAUCCUGCGAUUCAAGAGUAAUUUCCACCUAAUGACCGAGGAGCGGCUGCAACGACCCGCGCAGCUGCCGCCCAAGGAGCGCAAACAGUUGAUGCUCAGCAAGAAGCUUAACGCUGACCGGCAGAAGGCCCAGGCAGCCAAGACGCCGGCCCCUAAGCUGCUGUUGGCCAGAACGCUGCACGAGUUCCUCUACUACGUGAUCUACGAGAUGCCCAGGGAGCAGAGACCAUUGGCCAUGACGGCGGAUCUGGUCGAGCAAUGGCAGAAGGUGGAGCCCGCUCUCGAGACGCGUCAGUUUCUGGAAGAGUGGCGGGCGGACGAGACGCCCGUGCUGCCCUAUAACUCUGAGAUAAGCUGGCGCACCUUUAUACCGCCGCUUCCGAGCUAUGUGGACAAGCCCACGGGUUGGGUGUUCUUUAUGGACGCCAUGGAUCGCAUGCCGCUCUCGCUGCUGCUGCGCAUCUGUCGCAUUGAGCGCGAGGAUAGCGCGGAGAGACUGCGGCUGCAGCUAAAGCAUCCCAUACGGCAGCACUACCUGCUCUCCCAGCUCAAACUGGAGAACAUAGUCUCUCGCUCGCGUCUGCAGAAGCUGUAUGCCCGCACCCUCUGCCUGCUCAACCACAUGGGACUGAUUCAGGUGAGCGACCUGCAGCUGGGCCGCGACUCCGUCCAGCGGUGGGUGUAUCUGAAUAAGCGUGCCCGACUCCUCGACACGACCGCCAGCAGCGAGCACAACUACCAGAAGGUCAGCGCUGAUCGCACCUACAUGGAGUUGCGGUUUGAGUUCCAGAAUCGCGACCAAAUAGCCCAGUACUGGGCCAAGCUGCAGCACAUCUGCGUCUACACAAAGCUAGGAUUCCGCAAGGAGCUGGCCGACAAGAAGAAAACGGCGGCCCGCCUCAAGCCCCUGUCCUUUUUUGGGCCUGGACGCUUUGACCAGGCGCUGGAGCUGGACAAUGGCACAGUGCCGGGCGACCAGCUGGGCGCCGCUGGCCUCAGCUCGCUUCUCUUUGCCCAUCAGUUCCGCAAUUGGUCGUGGGUGCAGACGAAGCCGGGCAAGGGCGCCGCCGCCGGAGCUCUGAAAACGUAUGCCGGCAAAACGCGGAAACUGGGAGCGUUGACCCGCAUAAAGGUGACGCCCAAGCUGCCAAUUCGCAGAGCUGCGGGAGGCACGGCCAGCAGCGCCAAGAUGCCGCGAAGGAAAUGCGGCCCACGGGAUGAUAUCGAUCGGGAUGCCAUGAGGAAUAUGCGCACACUGCGCGUCCACUGGCUGCCCGAGGAGGAUCGCGUACUCAAGAUGGGACGCGCUGUGUAUCUGUUCUUUGACGCUCCGGUGCUAUCGUUUGCCCUCAACAAUGUGGGCCUCGUUUGCCGCGACGUCAUCCGGCGCUACCUUGGCAUCUGCAACAAGACCACGCAGGCCUGUGUGCGGCGAUUGCAGUUCCUCAUGCGCAUGAAGCGCGAUGCCCCGGACGUGCCCAGCUGGAUAUACCUGAUGCAGACGCAGCCGCAAUUCAAUUCGAUCUACAACGAUCGAUUCAUGGGCAGCCUGAAGCGAGAGUAUCCCACCAAAACCGAACAAAACGAGGCACUGCUGGUGCACUUUGUGCUCGUCCUAAGCAAGCUACAUCAGAUGAUCACGAACUCGCAUGGCACUGUGCGGAAUCAGUUUAUGCUGCCCGACACGGUAGAUGAAUAUCGGAGCCAGCUGAGGGAGUGCAGCCGCUUGAACGACGAUCAGCAGGUGUUGUACAGCAAUCCCAGCACGGAAACGGAGCUGCAGGCGGCCAUUGCCCACGGUGUGCUGCACAGCCAGGUCUGCUGUGCCAAGGACAAGACGCUGUUCAAUCUGCAGACCUUCGAGAUAUACAAGCACUUCUCCGAGGAGGUGCUCAAUGCCGCGUUCAGCAAGGCUCGCGCGGAUUCGCUGCUGGUGGCAGUGAAGCGACGCAACAUCCAGGCCGUGUCGAACCGCCAGAUCUCUGGCCCAGCCCACGUGCUGAGCUCUAAGUACAAGUACCGAUUGACCUAUGUGAAGCUGGCCCAUUCCGUCUUCGACAGCUACUUCGUGUUUGAGCAGAAGCUCAAUUUGGAGAAGGAGCAGCACCUGCCCUCGCCCCAUUUCGCGCAGCUGCUGCUCUUGGGCGAGUGGGUGGCCAAGGGCAAGUUGAGGCUGUCGCUGCACUUGCCCGCCAACAUUCUGACCGUCGACACCACGAGCAUGUCCAGGCCGAGUGGCUCCUCGACCGAUCGCAUUCUGGAUCACUACAGCUGCAUUUUGGACAACGCCCCGCAGACGGAGUACUCCAAACGGUUGGAGAGCGAGUGUAGCAGUCGUCAGGCCUCGCGGGUGCGCUUCCAUCCCGCCAACCUGAGCUAUCGCAUUCAGUCCUGUCCGUAUAUUCAGCUCUCAAAGCUGCCCCUGCGUGUCAUGCACUUCUUUUGUGCCUUCGACGCCUUGGGCGAUUCGGUAACCAUCAGCAGCACGCGCCUGGAACAGGGCGACUGUCCCUUUACAAAUUGCAUCAUGCGGAGUGGCAACUAUCUCAAUGCUGUGGAGCGGAUUGUCCAUGAGCACCGGCCCCUGCUGAAGCAACUGGUGGCCGAUGCCCUACCCCAGGCGCAGUUCCAGCUGGAGGCCCAUUUGGAGGGCACAGCCCUCACAGUAGACGUGUCGAACAUUCUGGCCCUGACCCAGCAGCUGGAGGCCUAUUGGCGGCAGAUCCAGCAACCGCUAGAGUGCAAGGAUCUGGGCAAACUGCUGGCGGAGAAAACCCUCCACAAGCUCACCGAUUGGCGGGUCCUCUGCUCGGAACUAAUCGACUACGAGGCGCACAUAUGGGAGGCAGAGCGCUCGCAAGAGUUCGAACCGGCCAUGAACAAGGAGGAGCGCGCCAGGGUGCAAGACGUAUUCGUGGUCCAUCUGCCGGCCAUUGGCAUGCACGCUCUUCAGCAAGAGGAUCAUCAGCAGGCCAAACAGGAGGCGGAUACCCUCCGCACCGCUCUGCUGGCAAAGGUGCUCAAGGCCACAUACUGGCGCUAUACCGAGAACACCGUUGCGACGCUUCUGCCAGCAUUAAAGGAACGGUGCUACGAUGCCAAUGCCAUCCGACACAUGGAGGACAUACUCAACUACAUUGAGCGGCAGCCAUUGGGGGUGCCUGCGAUGGAGCUGCGAGCGAGUUUUCCCCUGGGGGAUUUCCUACUGGAGGCCCUGCAUGCCCUCGCCGACCACGAUCUGAUCAAGCGCGUGGGCGUCGCCAGUCACAUGUACGUGCACAAGCGCCACAUACGCAACUGGGUGGUGCACACGUUCCACAUCAAGCGGCUGGAGCGGGAAAAGGUGCAGACUCAGGUGGCGGCAGCACCCGCGACAAUGCAGGCAGUCAUUGGCCAAAAGCGCAAAGAGGAGGCGCAGCAGGAGCAGGCGAAUCCGCCCAAAAAGAUUAAACUGGCAGAGCAGAACAGCAGCGAUUCGGAAAGCGAUGAAGCGGCAGCGGAAUCUUUGCCUAAGCGACCCAGGAGAUCCACCAAGAAAGAACCAUAUGUGAACGCGGUGCGAAACGAAGCCUCUCAUGAUGCAAUUGUGAUGCGACCGCAGCCAUGGAUUCGACUGAAUGCCUCGCUCAACCGUCGUGUCCUGGACCGCUGGCUGGGCGCCGUCCUCAGCGAGUGCAUUUCCCGCAUUGGAUGCACCGUCCACAGUUUGUUUCUGCGCUUUCCGUACCUCGUGCCAGUGGAUCUCAUGUUCCUGCUCGAGCUGCUCGCCGAUUUGGGCUGCCUUCACUUGAUGGAGCUGCAGACGCACAAAGUCCACGUGGAGACCACGCAGGAUGAACAGUGCGGUGAGCAGCCAGUCACCGAGCUGUAUGAGCCUACCCUCACCUAUAUCAUUGCCCACGGCGAUGCUAUCGGACGCCUCACCAGCUUCAUCGGACGCAAAAAGUAUAGCACCGAGUUCAUUUAAGUUCACUGAUCUGCCAGAUAUCAGAAUCCAUGCAGAAAAUAAGACGGACGACCUUGUCAACCUUCUUUUAACCACUUAAUAAAGUUGCUCCUCUCAAACUAUCCCGAUCCA